AUGGUUGUUGCAAAAAGGCCCAACUUCCUUAUCAUCGUUGCCGAUGACCUUGGCUUCAGUGAUGUAAAGCCAUAUGGUUCCGAGAUAGACACCCCUGUCUUGGACCGCCUCUCCAAAGAUGGCAUACGCACGACCAACUUCCAUACCGCCCAGGCGUGCUCACCCACGCGAGCAAUGCUUCUCUCUGGGACAGACAACCACAUCGCCGGACUUGGUCAGAUGGCUGAAUUUGCCGAGAUGAAGAAGAACCUCACUGGCAAGUAUCCUGACUACGUCGACAAGCCUGGCUACGAAGGCUACCUCAACUGGAAAGUGGCUGCUCUGCCUGAGAUUCUUUCCGACGCAGGAUACUUGACUCUCAUGUCUGGAAAGUGGCAUCUAGGAAUGACUCCUGACGUGUCACCAAGUGCAAGGGGCUUCAAGAAGAGUUUUGGUUUCUUGCCUGGUUGUGGCAACCACUUUAACUACGAACCGCAAUUCGAGGCUGACCAAGAUACUAUGCUGUUGACCUCGGAUGGAUUCUGGAUGGAGAACCAAAGUCCAGUGGAUAGAAAGAAAGACCUACCCGAAGACUUUUAUUCUACCAAUUUCUUCACAGACAAGUUGCUUGAUAUGUUGAGCGACAGAACCAAAGAGGAAAAGGAGCAGCCCUUCUUUUCGUACUUGGCUUAUACGGCGCCACAUUGGCCAAUGCAAGCGCCCCAACAUGUUGUGAACAAAUACAGCGGAAAAUAUGACAACGGCCCCGACCAGCUCAGACUGGCAAGGCUGGCCAGAUUGAAAGAGCUGGGUCUUGUGCCAGCUGAUGUUGAAGCAGCUCCUCCUGUUGGCUUCGAAGCUGGUGUGAAGUGGGAAGACCUCACUGACCACGAGCGAGCUGUAUCGGCGAGGAAAAUGGAGGUUUAUGCAGCAAUGGUCGACCUCCUUGACCAGAACAUUGGGAGAGUCGUCGAUGCACUUGAAGCAUCUGGUGAACUUGACAAUACUUUCAUCCUGUUCAUGUCAGACAAUGGCGCAGAAGGCUCUACGUUGGAAGCUGCACCUCUCUUAUCGUCGUUCAAGACGCUUGGUGAACUUAUAGCUGCACAUUAUGACAAUAGUCUCGAGAAUAUUGGAAGACACGAUUCGUAUGUCUGGUACGGCUCUCGGUGGGCAUGCGCUGCUACUGCGCCUUCUCGAGGAUUCAAGGGAUGGUCAACCGAGGGCGGCAUUCGCUGUCCUUGCCUUAUACGCUUCCCUCCAAUUUCAUCGGCUCCUGGGACUAUUUCUCACACCUUCACAACAGUCAUGGACAUACUGCCCACCAUCCUUGACCUUGCACAAGUGCAGCACCCAGGUAAAAGAUUCAGAGGUCGAGAGGUUGUCGUUCCCCGAGGAAAGUCAUGGGUCGACCAUCUCUCAUCUCCUACAGAGCAUCCAAACGUCCAUCAAGAUGCAGAUCAUAUACAUGGCUGGGAGUUGUUUGGUAAUCGUGCCAUCCGUAGGGGAAAUUGGAAGGCAGUCUUGUUGGCAAAGCAAGGCGGCGACAAUUGGGAGCUAUUUGACGUGGAGAAGGAUCCAGCUGAGCAGCAUGAUCUUUCCAAGAAGAGGCCUGAAGUCUUGGAAGAAAUGCUGGUGCAUUGGGCUAAGUCAUCUCGAAGCAGGACGCAAUCGCCACCAAACAAGGCUCUGGAACCAACCACCGACAUCACUCAUUUCCAGCGAAUAGCCCCAUCUCCAACAUAUGGCUUGACUGCACAUGAUAGAGAGCUGCUAUGCCACUGGCACCAAGUUGCUCACAAGGCCAUUGUUCAUCAACGAGGAUCGGAGGACCUUUGGCAACACGAAGUUAUUCACCUUGCAUUCGAUCAUCCAGUUAUCCUGAAUCUCGUACUGGCUAUAUCCUCAUUCGAACAAGCGCACACUGCCCAUCUAUCACUGCCAAGCGCGCCAGGAGAUCGGAUACGACGGGACAUUUACGCUUCUCUAGGACUCAAGUAUUCUCAGGCCGCCGCAGGGAUGAUGAGACACGCAGUAGCGAGGGCCAAUACCGAUAACGGCCCCGUAUGUCAUCUUGCCUCUGUUCUCAUGAUGAUCAACUCCUAUGCCCAAGGCUCGGUGAAAGAGCUUCUACGGGCCAAGGACGAGCCUUCUACCAUGCUGAGUGACCUGCUUGUCACUUGCAGGCUCACGAGAGGCGUCAGGGCUAUCGCAGAAACAUAUGGCGUCAUACGACCAGAUCGUCACGAGCUUAUACUCUUUGUCUCUGAGGGCGAACCGCCAGACCAUGGGCCCCUCGAUCCCGUUCUCAACAUGCUUGAUUCUUUAACAUUUCUAGAACAGGUUCAGGAUCCGGGCGUUAAAAGAAUUUGCCAGGGCGCUUUAGAUCUGAUGAAAUGGCUCAUAAGAAAAGCGCAAACGUCAGAGUGGUGCCCAGCACAUCGAGCAUCGUUGCAAUGGAUUUGCUUAGUUGGGAAAGAUUUUAUGAAGCUUGUUGAAGAUCAUGAGCCUGCAGCUCUUGUAUUGCUCUCGUAUGGCUGCUUUCUGGAUAAUGGAAAGAGUGGUAAUGACUUUGCAACCAGAGGGUGGAGAGAAGGUGUUUGUGCUGAGAUUAGAAAGAUUAUUGGUUCGGACUGGUUAUGGGCAAUUUCAGUAUAG